AUGCCAGCUCCCCAGAAAGCGCGAAUGACAAAGUCUCGAGGAUCAGACGAGGAAUUUGUCCUCUUCCUCCAGGGGAUUCCAGCCCACUGUCGCUGGCAAGAGCUCAAGGACAUGGUCCGGCAGACCGCGCUGCAUAUCCGACAAGCGGUGGUGUACGACGACAACCAUGGAUUUCCCACAGGACUGGGUCAGAUCAUCGUGAAAAACGAAGACGAGGCAUGGCGGACCUACCACAGAUUGUCCACCAACGGCUGGGAGGGACAGAGUCUGGUGGUCACGCUGGCUCGCACCAGCUCUCCCACACGCCCAAUUGCCGGGCCGACGAAGAGUCCAACCUGCGUGAUCCCUCCCAACUAUGUGGCUGGUUACUCGACUCCUCCGCGAGUCACCCAAAAUUUGGCCGUUCCACCAUCUCCCAUGACCCCAGAGCCGGUAAACUCGAAUAGCCCGACAUAUCAAACCCCCGACUACGGAGCGCCGAUGAUGAGCCCCAUGGGAAUGCCUCAGCCGUUCAUGCCCAUCUUCGCAGACCCUCUAACCCACACAAUGCCCGGUUUUCCACCAUCUCCCGUUCUUCGCGCAUCGUACUGUGACCCCAAUUUCGCCUUCGCCUUUCUCCCUCCCUACGCGCUGCCCCCCAUGCCUCACCCUCUCCACGAAGCCUCUCUCAAUGCCAUGCGCAUGAACAGCGGCACCGCCAGCAACAACCGUCCCACCAAGCCCAUCCACGGCCUCCCCAUCCAACAUAGACACAGUCUCAACCCCAACUCGCCCAUCUGGCCGGCGUCGUGCCGAGCACCAGGGCCCGGCCCGACAGGACGGCCCUUCUCCCGGCGAACCAUCUUCAUCCAAAACCUCAGCGUGACGACCACCAAGAAGGACCUGGAGAACUUCCUCCAGGGCCCCAACAACACCGGGAUCGAGCAGAGCGAGAUCCCCACGGACGCCGAGACGGGCCGCUGCAAGGGCUUCGCCCGAGUGACGUUCCACCACGCCGACGAGGCCAAGCGCGCCGUCGCCCGGUACAACAAUGCCAUCUUCAUGGGGGCUAAGAUCCGCGUGAAGAUCGACCGCAGCAUUCAUGUGGCGUACAGUUCAUCCCAGGGCCCGCCGCGGGCCGCCCCCGGACCCGACGAUGCUGCCAACACUGCCAGUACCGGCACUCCUUCUUCUCCCACUGCCCCGGAGGGCCCGGCGGAGGAAAACAAGGUCUCCCCGGUUCUUCCGGCAGGGACGUCCCCCGGCGCUGGCGGACGACGGGAAUCCUUGCCCAAGAUAGACCGAUGUCAACCGUUGGUCGUGAACGGGUCAGGCAUUGGACGGAGAGCGGUAACGGCCUGA